AUGCCACCCGCCACUUCCACCAACGCCCCAGCACUUACUCUUCUUUUUUUUUCCGGACAGUCAGUCCUAUGCUUCAUUUCUAAGUCCUUACUUCUCUUUGUUUCUCUCUUCUCUUGUCUUAUCUCAUCUCAUCUCUCCCUCUCUCUCUCUUUCUCUCUCUUUUUGACUUUUCUUUUCUCAGCUAGCUUUUCCAGUAAUCUGUCUCCCAGUUUGUCUACUCGCCUUCUCUCUUCGUCUUUCUUCUCUCUAUCCACUUUCAUAUUUGAGUUUACUUUUACGGAAGAUGUUCUACCAUCUGAAAAUUUAAGACAUCCGUUCGAAUUUUCAUUCCAUUUCUUUUUUAUCUUUUGCUUUUUCCGUUGUAGUUUUCUUUCUCUUUUUUUCAUUGCUUUUUUAGUUUUACACAUUUUUUUUUGUUUUCAUCUGUCUCCCUUCUUUCUUUUCCUUAAUUCUCUUAUGUUUCUCCCUUCUUUCUUUCUUUGUUUCUUUGUUUCUUUCUUGUUAAGUUUCUGA